CCAAAGUCGAUAAGCGCGCUCGUUUCGACCGGUAUUCUUGAUAGCAUUGUUUGGUUUUACAGUUCAAAUUUGAUUUAAAGCCCUAUAAGAUUAUUACAAGGAGUAGAAGAAGAAGCCUGCAUUAAGCUAGAUGAACAUCUUACAUUCCUGUUAAAAGCAGCGAUAUUACAGACAAUCCCAAACUUACCUUGUGACCUUUCGAAACCCUGCAUACCGCAUACCAUGUCGAUCGCAACGUACGAAGAAGUGCUGGAGUUACCUAACCACCCGGAGAAGUUACUCAUUGAUGUGCGCAAUCCGGAUGAGUUGGCAGAAACUGGCAAAAUUCCGACAAGUAUCAACAUUCCACUGCCCCUUCUUGAGGAUGGCCUAAAGCUAGCAGCUGAUGAGUUCAAAGAGAAAUACGGACGAGACAAACCGGAUGCCGGAACGGAAGUAAUUUUCCACUGCAAGAUGGGUGGACGAGCGCAAAAGGCAGCCGAUCUUGCAACAAGUUUAGGAUUUACCAACGCUCGCAACUAUAAGGGCUCCUGGACUGAGUGGGCUGCAAAGCAGGGAAAAUAAUGGCCAAACGAGCUAGAAUUUUGUUGUCGAUUGGUAAAUAAAUCCAACGUCCAGCAUGG